CUUCCUUGGCCGGAGACAUCAGGAAGUGCCGAAUGUCAGUUUGAUACUUGUGAAGUGAAGUUGCAUUAUAGAUACACGAAAAUGUUGAUGAGAAAACGGAAAGCCCAAAGGAAGAGACUGAAUUGAACCCACCUCCUAAGAAGUUGAAGAGUGUUUCUGGUACAGGAGUUGUGAAAAAUCUGAAAUUAUUGAUGAAAGUUAUGAAUAUGACAUUCAAAAGAAUCAAUCAAAAGGCAGGGGAAGGUCUUGUGAGUUUAAUGGUGCUAAUGGCAAUACCCGUCUCUAAUCUCUAUCAGGAAGUCCUUGAAGGUGCUCCUAUUUGUUUAGCUGGGCUGACAUUUGUAAUUAGCGGAACACUUGACAGAAGAACAAGAUGGAUAAUCCCCUGUCAAAAGUGUGGCUUCCAAAGGUUCAGGUACUUCUCCUGUAUUGAGGAAAGAUCGGAAGACUAAUGGUACUACAUUUCCAUGGACAGAGAAAUAUACACCAAAAUUUCCUUAACGACAUUGUGGGGAAUCAGUCCAUUGUGAAGCAACUUCAUGACUGGCUGUCAAACUGGAAUGCACAAUUUUUCAAAACUGACACUAAAGGGAAGGGGGAAAAACAGAGUGAUUCAGGUGCAAAGAAAGUUGUUCUACUUAGUGGUCCACAUGGAAUUGGGAAGACGACAUCUUCAAAGAUGGCAAAGAGGUAGAUGCAAAUUGCCAAGGCUCAAGGAUUCCAAGCCAAUGAGGCUGUUUGAUUAUAACGGGGAAAUAUUGCGAAUGGACGAACGAAUAGACUUAAGCAUGAGUAACCCUGAUCUACUCCCUCUUAUAUAUUGUACAGGAAAAUUAUAUUAACUACAGGCCAAACUCAUGUGGCAAAGUUGAUAGUGGGAUCAAAAGGAUGAAUUUAAUUGCCCAAGCUGCUCAAUCUAUCGCUGAUGAAGAUAUAGUAAAUGUUCAGAUUCAGAAAUAUAGACACUUGCAACUCUCUCCUUUUGGAAGUCUUGUGUCUUGCAUAAUCCCGUAUAUUUUCUUCUCACAACUGAAAAAUUUAAUCUACUUGGCAUCUUAUGUUGCCUCUUGGUGAUAUUAAAUAUUUUCCCUGUUUUUUCAUCCAUUUGUUGUAAUAGUGCUGCUCUGUUACAUGGGCAAAGAGAGAUACUUACACAGGUGAGGAAUGCCAAUUUUAAGGCACAAGUCAUGGCUAUUUGUUUCAAAAGUUCUUCUAGGAAUGCCUAAGGCACAACAAUGUCAAUAUGCAUUUUUUUGGAAAGGAUGUAACAAUUUCAUUAAUUUGCAAAUACGCUCAAGGGUCGGUUAUUUGUGAUGAAUGUCAUCAUGCAAUAAUAUGCCAGAUAUGCCAUCGCGUCAAAAUUUUCAUAUAUAUUCAUUGA